AUGGUCUUCGGGCAGGUCGUCAUCGGCCCGCCCGGCUCCGGCAAGUCGACCUACUGCGAGGGCAUGCGCCAGUACCUCGAGGCGACGGGCCGCAGCGUCAGCGUGGUCAACCUGGACCCCGCGAACGACCUGCUGCCGUACGAGCCGGCCGCCGACAUCCGCGAGCUUGUGAGCGUGGAGGGCGCCGCGUCGGCGUGCGGCCUCGGCCCGAACGGCGCGCUGGUGUACUGCCUCGAGUACCUCGAGGCGAACCUCGACUGGCUCGAGGGCGCGCUGAGCCGCGCCGGCUCAGCGUCGUACGUGCUGCUCGACCUGCCGGGGCAGGUGGAGCUGUACACGCACUACCCAGUCGUCCGCAACGUGCUGCAGGGGCUUCAGCGGCGCGGCCACCGCCUGUGCUGCGUGCACCUCGCGCACCACUGCUCCGACGCAGAGAAGUUCUUGUCGGUGCUGCUGGUCACGCUGUCAACCAUGGUGCAGCUCGAGAUGCCGCAGGUGAACCUGCUCUCCAAGCUGGACUUGGUCGAGGCUUGGCGUAUUCAGCACGUAGGCCCGCUCCCCUUCAACCUCGACUUCUACACCGACGUGCUCGAGCCGGCUAGGAAGCGGCGUGGGCUGGAGGGCUUCGCGGCGCGCCACUUGAAGCUGUCUGCCGCGAUCUGCGAGCUGGUCGAGGACUUUGGCUUGGUGGGCUUCGGCGCGGUGGCGGUGGAUGACUCGGAGACGAUGGCGCGUGCGCUGCGCUCGAUCGACAAGGCGAACGGCUACUGCUUUGGUGCGACCGAGGGGGCGCCCGAGGGCGUCUUCGGCUGCGCGGCGGCCGACCUCGAGUGGGACGACGAGCGCGUCGGCUCUCUGCAGGAGCGGUUCAUGGGGGGAGGCGGCGGAGGAGGCGGAGGAGGCGGAGGCGACGACGGCGACGACGGCGACGGCGGCGACGGCGACGGCGGAGGCGGCGGAGGCGGAGGCGGCGGAGGCGGCGGCGGCGAUGGCUUCGGUGGUGGAGGCGGCGGAGGCGGUGGAGGCGGGCGGGCGAUGGCGCCCGAGGAGAGGCACAUGACUGAGGAGGACUUGUUGCGCGAAUUCUUGCCUCCCGGCCACCGGAAGCUGCGGCGGGCCGGGCUGGGCGGCGACGGCGGCGGCGGGCCAUUGGGGUGAUUGAGAGAGCACAACGUGUCUAGCACCUCUUCUGGACAGGCCUCUACGGACACUCGACGUGCUAGGGCCGGCUCGCGUCAUUGAACUAUGUUUUGGACCAUUUUCAAUUUCUCA